AUGUCUUUAAACGGCGUUGCAGACGAUGUCGAGAAGCAUUCGUCGCGGCCGAAGCCGGGCCCGGUGUCGUGGCUUUCGCUGCCGCGCAAGGACCAGCUUCUCAUCCUGUUCCUCUGCCGGCUCGUCGAUUUUUUGCAAGUCGCCUCGAUGCAGGCCUACGUCUUCUACCAGCUCAAGUACAUGGACGGCUCGCUCUCGGAUGCCAGCGUCUCCCGACAGGCCGGCCUGCUACAGGCGUGUUUCACGGGCGCACAGGUGAUGACGGCGAUGCUCUGGGGAAAGGCCGCCGACGCGCACUGGUGCGGUCGCAAAUUGGUGGUCGCUGUCGGCUUGGCCGGCACGGCGCUGAGUUGUCUGGGCUAUGGAUUCGCGACGACGUUUUUCUGGGCGGCGUUCUGGAGAGCAUUUGGCGGUGCUGUGAAUGGCACCGUGGGAGUCAUUCGCACAAUGAUUUCCGAAAUUAUCAAAGAAAAGAAAUUUCAAUCGCGAGCGUUCCUCAUCCUUCCUAUGAGCUUUAAUGUCGCUGGAAUCUUGGGUCCAUUCUUGGGCGGCAUGCUUGCCUCGGCCGGCACCACGCUGCCCGGCAUCUUUGCACCUGGAGCGAUUCUCGGCUUUGGAUGGAUUCAAAAGUAUCCUUAUGCGCUGCCAAGUCUCAUGAAUGUGUUUGCGCUUUCUCUCGUCACUGCCAUUGUGAUGCUCUUUCUCGAAGAGACGUCGUCUUCUCGGCGCCAUCUCCACGAUCCAAGCCUUGCGGCUGGUCAACGUAUAAAGCAGAUGCUCUUCGGCACCAAGCCGAAUGCUGGCUACUCGCGCGUCAUGGAUGGCGAAUCCUGCGCGUUGGAUGAUAUGUCCGACACGCAGACUGUCACGGCGUAUGAGGCACCACGUCGGACGCCGCGCCGUCUCCCCUUCUCCCGCAUCUGGACUUCUAAUGUCAUCUUUACGCUUGUCACCACUGCCUUUUACGACUUUCACCUCGGCGCUUUUGGCAACAUUUGGUCGCUGUUCCUUUCCACGCCGCGCUACGCCGCCCCGGAAUCCUCCCCCACGGCAGCCGCCAACAAGCGCAGCCUCCCGCUGCUCUUCACCGGCGGCCUGGGCAUGCCGGCCUCCACCGUUGGCAUUGCCACCUCGAUCCUCGGCGUUAUCGGCAUGGGCCUGCAGCUGACGCUGUACCCACCCGUGCAGGCACGCCUCGGCACGAUGCGCUCCUUUCGCUGGUUCCUGCCGCUCUUCCCUGUAUGCUACCUGCUGGUGCCGUACCUCGCCAUCCUGCCGUCGUCGGCGGACAGCCCUGCAGCCUCCGGCCCGCUCGUCUGGCUCGGAAUCGUCGUGGUGCUGCUCCUCGCCGUGACGGCGCGCACCUUCACGCUGCCGGCCAGCAUCAUCCUGCUCAACAACUGCAGCCCGCACCCGAGCGUGCUCGGCACCGUGCACGGGCUCGGGCAGAGCGUCUCGGCGGGGUUUCGCACCGUCGGGCCGGUCGUUGGCGGCUGGUGGUACGGGUACGGCCUCGACAUUGGCAUGGUCGCCUGGGGAUGGUGGGGCGUCGCCGGCGUCGCGGCCGUCGGGUGUCUCACGGCCCUGGGCAUGUACGAGGGCAGCGGCCACGAGGUCCGGCUAGAAGGGGAGGAGGAGGAGCAAGAGUAG